UUUCUACUUUAUUUUGCCCGUACUCGAGUCUCGACUCGUCGCCGUAUUCGUAAACGAAGGUCAGACACAGACUCAGACUCAAACUCGUAGAGUGAGAGAUCUUUGAAAUCUACGCUCAAGCCCUGCCGGCGGCGGUCGACUCUCAGCCUCUUCAACCAUUCGAACCGAGGAAAUCCGUCUCAACGUCCCAAUUUCCGCCUUCCAUCCGACGCGAUCGACGAUGGGCUCGGAAUCCCAAUAAAACUGGAAUGGAGCGUUAUUCGAGAUACUUAAACUGAUGAUGAUUGCGCAGUCAAAACCAGUCUUGAUAUGACUUACCGGAGAAUGACCCUUUCUUUCUCACCCUUGUUAUAUCAAGAGUUCUACAAUAACGGGGAACAAACAAACUGGUGUGAAUAAAUAUUAUUAUCUAGGAUUCCAAUGUACAAACCCCGAGAAAGAAAAAUAUUGGAUUGGAACUUGAAAACAUGUGCCUCUUUUGAUUAGAGGAUUUCACGCGAACAAUUUAGGAGUUUUUGUUGAACUAAAUUGUAAAGUGUCUGUGAUAUUGUCUUCUACUAAAAAAACAAACAAAAACAAACUGUCCAAAUGGCUUUGGCUAGCAUGGCCCGAGUUUAUGCCGAUGUUAAUUCCCUUAAACAUAGAGGAUAUUGGGAUUAUGAAUCAUAUGUUGUCGAAUGGGGGUAAAUUUCCUUGUGCAAAAGUUCAGGAAGAUUAUCAAUUAGUUAAGAAACUCGGAAGAGGAAAGUAUAGCGAAGUAUUCGAAGCUCUAAACACUAGGACGGAUGAGAAGUGUGUGGUUAAAAUAUUAAAGCCGGUUAAAAAGAAGAAAAUAAAACGGGAAAUCAAAAUUUUAGAAAAUCUAAGAGGUGGUAAGAACAUAAUUAAUUUACUAGGUGUCGUAAAAGAUCCGAUAUCGAGGACACCAGCUUUGAUUUUUGAACACGUAAACAACACCGAUUUCAAACAACUUUAUCAAACUCUCAAUGAUCACGAUAUUCGUUACUACUUGUAUGAGCUUUUAAAAGCGUUAGAUUAUUGUCACAGUAUGGGUAUAAUGCAUAGAGAUGUAAAGCCGCACAAUGUAAUGAUCGAUCAUAGUAAUAUGAAAUUGCGUCUAAUUGACUGGGGCUUAGCUGAGUUCUACCAUCCAGGACAAGUUUAUAAUGUAAGAGUUGCAUCUCGCUACUUCAAAGGCCCUGAGUUGCUUGUCGAUUAUCAGAUGUACGAUUAUUCCUUGGAUAUGUGGUCUUUAGGAUGCAUGCUUGCGAGUAUGAUUUUCAGAAAGGAACCAUUUUUCCACGGGCAUGACAAUUAUGACCAAUUAGUCAGAAUAGCAAAAGUUCUCGGUACUGAAGAACUUUUUGAAUACCUUGACAAGUAUCACAUAGUAUUAGAUCCUCGUUUUACUGACAUUUUGGGCAGACACUCAAAGAAACGAUGGGAACGAUUUGUUCAUAAUGAAAACCAACACCUUGUCUCGCCUGAGGCUUUAGAUUUUCUAGACAAAUUACUACGAUACGAUCAUUAUGAAAGGCUUACAGCAAAACAGGCCAUGGAGCAUCAAUAUUUUGGUGCAUUAAGAGAAAGGGGCCCAGGAGUCUCCCCGAGUCAAAACAAUUCUACAAGGGGCCCAGGAGUUUCACCAAGUCAAAACAAUUCUACUUCUGGCACGUCAGGCAAUGCAACAGGUACGUUGUCAUGAGAAAAAGAACAAUAAUUAGGAAGUGAAGGCUCAUUUUGUGACAAGUGAGAGUGAAAAAUUCAGCUCAUAAAAAUUAAACAAACAAAAAAUUAUUCAAGAAAAAACUAUACACCUUCCUUAAACAAAUGUGUAAAUAAACGAAAGUAUCGUAUAAAGGAAAGAAAAUGAACUCUGUAUCAGUUAUUUUUAAACGUCUUUAAACAUACUGUUGGUAAAUUGUA